AUGUUUAGAAUUCAUUUAUCCAAGUUAAAAUUCCCAAAAUUCUCCUUCAAACCAACAAGAUUAGCUUUCUUACCUUUAAUUAAACCUAUCUACAAUGAUAGUUUCAAAAAUGCUGGAAAUUCCAUGUCAAUUGACAAAUCUAUUGAUAAAGCUAAAAUCGGAGUAUUGAAUGCACCAUUAAGUGAACGUAAGAAAAUGUAUAAUGAAUUAACCAUUGGGUCAAUCACAGGAUUAUUCUUAGGUGUUAUAAUUGGAAAGUUCAGUUCAUUAAUCAUUACGUUAACAUUAUCAUGUUAUUUACUAUUACAAUUCUUAGAAUCUAGAAAUCUUAUUCGUAUACCAUGGAAUUAUGUAUUUAGUUUCAAUCGUCAAGAUUUCGAUUUAAAGAGUUUAGUUUUGGAAAACUUCAAUUUCAAACUUAGUUUUGUUUCAUCUUUCUUAAUUGCCUGUUACAACAUUUAA